CACAUCUCCUCCCAGGAAAAGAAUCGGAGCCCCUCGCGCCACCAAAUUAAACCUACCGAACUCAUUUCCUCCGGCCAGGAAGACUACUCGAAACUUUUUCUUCUUCUCUGCUAGUGCUAGCUAGUGUGGUGAACGUACGAUUGUUGUUUUCGUCGUCGAUCAAGGAUGACCGUCGUCGACGCCGCCGCUGCCGACGCCGGCGCCGCCGCGGCGGUGCAGCCGGGGAGCGGGCAGACCGUGUGCGUGACCGGCGCCGCCGGGUACAUCGCGUCGUGGCUUGUCAAGCUGCUGCUGGAGAAGGGGUACACUGUCAAGGGCACCGUGAGGAACCCAGAUGACCCGAAGAACGCGCACCUGAGGGCGCUCCACGGCGCCGCCGAGCGGCUGACCCUCUGCAGGGCUGACCUCCUCGACUACGACGCCAUCUGCCGCGCCGUCGAGGGCUGCCACGGCGUCUUCCACACCGCCUCCCCCGUCACCGACGACCCCGAGCAAAUGGUGGAGCCGGCGGUGAGGGGGACGGAGUACGUGAUAAACGCGGCGGCGGAGGCCGGCACGGUGCGGCGGGUGGUGUUCACGUCGUCGAUCGGGGCGGUGACCAUGGACCCCAAGCGCGGGCCCGACGUCGUCGUCGACGAGUCGUGCUGGAGCGACCUCGACUACUGCAAGGAAACCAGGAACUGGUACUGCUACGGGAAGGCGGUGGCGGAGCAGGCGGCGUGGGAGGCGGCGCGGCGGCGCGGCGUGGAGCUGGUGGUGGUGAACCCGGUGCUGGUGAUCGGGCCGCUGCUGCAGCCGACGGUGAACGCCAGCGUCGCGCACAUCCUCAAGUACCUCGACGGCUCCGCCAGCAAGUUCGCCAACGCCGUCCAGGCCUACGUCGACGUCCGCGACGUCGCCGCCGCCCACCUCCUCGUCUUCGAGUCCCCCUCCGCCUCCGGCCACCGCUUCCUCUGCGCCGAGUCCGUCCUUCACCGCGAGGGCGUCGUCCGCAUCCUCGCCAAGCUCUUCCCCGAGUACCCCGUCCCCACCAGGUGCUCCGACGAGAAGAACCCGAGGAAGCAGCCGUACAAGAUGUCGAACCAGAAGCUCCGGGACCUGGGGCUCGAGUUCCGGCCGGUGAGCCAGUCGCUGUACGAGACGGUGAAGUGCCUGCAGGAGAAGGGCCACCUGCCGGUGCUCGCCGCCGAGAAGACGGAGGAGGCGGCGGAGGAGGCCGCCGCCGAGGUGCAGGGCGGGAUCGCCAUCCGAGCAUGAGACAAGCGGCAGAGGAAAACGCAGUAAAAAAACAGCAGCAGCAAGUGUCCAUACGGUGUUAGUGUUUACUGUGCUGUAAAAGCAAGUAGUGCUCGCUGGUUGUCUAAUCUGAAGCCUGUGUAAUACCACCCUGUUGUUACAUGUGAACCCAGAGUGACCAAAUAAGUAUUUCUAUGGAGUUCUCUAUGUUCAUUGUUCAA